CGGGGAUCUUUUUCAUUAUCAGACCCUAUAAGGAGUGUUAAAUCAUGUUUUAGCGUUUGGCGGCUUCGCGAUAGAGUUUUUAAACCAGCGGACAAAAGUUGUUCCCGCGGCGGUGAACUAUCUUGUCAGCUGCUGCUCCUCCGUGCGGUCAUCUACCGGCCUGCAGACGUGGCGGGGCGGAAGAAGAGCGGCUGGCUGGCACCGAACGGAUCACCAUGUCCCAGGCCGACGUAGACCCCUCCUCCGCUGACAUGCCCCUGCACACUGACCCCGGCCCUUGUCGGGACGUCCCCGCAGCCUUUGCGCCGCCUCCAGCUCCCCUGCAGUCUCCUUUGAUCCCAGAGAGUCUCGACCUCCCGCAGUCCGCCACCGAGGGGACCGGCGUGGAGGACACCUCCGAGGGUCUGACGGACCAACCGGAGCCUGCUGCCGGGGGCCAGGUGAUCAUCUGUGACCAACCGGUGAGCCUGGAGCCAGAGCCCGAGGCUGCAGAGGAGGAGGUGGAGAGUUCGCCUCAGGAGAAAGAGAAAGGUUGGGGAGGUUGGAGUUCAUGGGGGAAAUCUCUCCUGAGCAGCGCCUCCUCCACAGUGGGUCAGAGCCUGACCUCGGUUAAAACCAAGGCCGGAGAAGCGCUGCGUCUCCACAGGACCUCAGUGGGAGAAGAGGUGCAGGAAGAAGCAAAGGAGGAGGGUGAGGAGGAGAAGGAUGAGGAGGGAGCUGAGGAGGAGAAGAAGAAAGAGGGAGGAGGUGAAAGUGGAGAGACUGAGCCAUCUGGCUCUGUGGAGACACCUUUGGGUGCUGCAGCUUCUGGCAGAGGCGUCUUUUCUACGAUCACACACGCCGUGCAGAACACAGGGAAGUCGGUGAUCAGCGGCGGUUUAGACGCCUUGGAGUUCAUUGGAAAGAAGACCAUGAUUGCUCUGGCUGAGACUGACCCGGGUUUCCGAAAGACCAAGACCCUGAUGCAGAAGACGGUAUCGCUGAGUCAGAUGUUGAAGGAAGCCAAAGAGAAAGAGCGGGCCCGUCUGGGCAACCAGCCAAUCAGCGCACCCUCAGCUCACUACGGCAUUCUGUUUGACGACUACCAGGGCCUGCCGCACCUCGAGGCCCUGGAGAUCCUGUCGAAUGAGAGCGAGGCCCAGGUCCAAGCCUUCCUCUCCUCCCUAGGGGAAGAGGAGCAGGACGAGGUGAAGAAGGAGCUGAUCUUCAUCAAGGACAUCUUCAUCAAGCGAGAGGAAGGGGAAAAAGUAGACGAAGGAGGACAGGCGAAGGAUAACGGUGAUCUAAGUUCCCACUUACACUGUUCUACCCCCCUAUCCGCCGACGGCGAGGAGUUUGUGAGCGUUAUCACCGAGCUGCUGUUUGAGCUUCACGUUGCCGCGACACCAGACAAGCUCAACAAGGCGCGGAGGAGGGCCCACGAUUGGGUGAGCGAGGUGGAACAGCCCGUCACUACGGAGACGGUUGACGUGGAAAAGCAGGACCAGUCGGCAGGAGACGCCUCACCUGGCGAAAUGGAAAAGGAGGAGAUGGAGAAGAAGGAUGGGUCAGAGCAGCAGGGGGCUGAGGGGAAGGAGGAGGAGGAGGAGGAGAAGGGAGAGGAUAUAAAUGACCCCAGAUCUUUAGAGGCAGUAUACCUGUCGUCAGUAGGCAGUCUGGCAGAAGUGACGGCUCGCAGCAUCGAGCAGCUCCACAAGGUGGCAGAGCUCAUCCUCCACGGCCAGGACCUGGAGAAACCGGCCAGAGACCAGGCUCACAUACUCACCAGGUUGACAUGUGCCAUGUGUAAGGAGGUGGAGCUUUUGGCCAAGAAGUUCUCCGACACGCUGCUUCUUAUUGGGGACCAGAGGAAAGCAGAGGAGUUGAAUCCGCUGGUGGACAAUGUGCAGUUAGAGGGCUCCAACAGUACCAACUACAUCGAGAAUGCACUGCAGCUGCUGCUGCCCGUCCUCCAGAUCUCCCACAUCCAGAGCCAACACUGUCGCUCCACCACAGAACCAGCAGCAGAGAUGCAGCACUAACACACACACACACACACACACACACACACACACGCACACUACCUACUCAACCGCUUGUCUUAAUGUAUCUAUUGUUGUACAGAAAUGUAUGAAGAAUUGACUAAUAUACGAUCCAGUGCCAUAGUAACAGGCAGAUUAUAUAUAUAUAUAUAUACUUAAUAUAAUCUUUUAGGAUUUAACAACUACAGUAUGUGUAGAAAUGACUGACAUGCAGGUUGUAUGUGUGACUCUUCCACGUUGUGUUGCUUUGAUUUGGAUGUUUCUGCAUCACGUCCAAAAAGCUGAACCAAAACUGACUGAGCGUGUUGAAGUUCUACAUUAAUGUAUAUUAAGCUUUCUUUGCACUCCUCGUGGUCCUCUGUUCAUUUAAACACGAGUGAAAUGUCUGUUGUCGCUGAAACGCUUUAAUCUGGUGAGAGACAAAGCCAGUAUUAUUGAUUAUACUUAUUAAUUUGUGCUUGUUUUUUUAUGUUAAAUUAUGUAAAUACACACUACCAUGGAUUUCACUCUUAUCCAGUUCGAUUUUACAGAAACAAAAUCAGAUCUUCAUGUUUUUGAAUGGCAAAAAUAUGAAGUUCUUCCUUGUUGUAUUGUUUACGAUAAAGAUGUAAUAUUUUGUAAUUCAUCUCUGAUUAUGUUCUGUUGUGCUGCUAAAUUUCACAAGUAUAGCGUGAGAAGAUUGCUUGUCGGCUUUCUUGCCGAGAGUUAUUACGAGAAGACCACCGCCGUAUCGAACUCUUGGCGAGGAGGGACAAUGGGACAUGUAUUGAAUGUUGAAUAUGUCUUUAAAAAAUGGCAAGUCAUGCCCUCCGUUGGAGCUUAAUCUCAACACCUUGAAGAGUGCAUUAGCCGAAACAUUUCAAUUUCCUCUCGCCCUCUUGAAUAAAGGCUUUUAAUACUGUU